UUCUGCCAUUUUAUAGUAGAAAGCUCAUAAUACAUAAACACUAAUUUCUUCCUAAUGCAAUAAAUUUUUCUACCCAACACGUUGACUAAUUUGUACAACUCCAGCUGGUUGUCACUCAGCUGUUACUGUGCUGUUAUUCUAGCUCUCACUUCUUUUCAUUUGCUGCCGCCUGCCACUGUGUUGCAGCUUUGACACCACAACUCUUUGUUGAAGGACAGUUUGGAGUUCUUCGGGGGAGGACAUCUUUAAUUUGGGUCAUUUUUGUCAUGAUAAGAAGUUUGGAAAGGUCAAUGGAGAAAGGCUCAUAGACGUACGAAUAUAUUAAACUCCUGACUCAAACAAAACAGAGGUCCGUCCCUAUCAUUUUUUAUUGGCACAGCAACAACCCGACUUAAACGUUUAAACCUAGGUGCUGCUUGUCGACAAUUGUCGUUGCUUUCUGUGAUUAAAACUAUAAAGUUAAUCCUAAUCCUUAAGCAGGAAAUGGAUUUUAACAAUGAGAUUACAGUUUUCCAUUCGAACAGGUAAAAGUAAUGCCAGUUGAGAUUGAAAUCUUAUUGUAUAACAUGAUAAAAUUUUUAUUAACUCUUUUAAUUUAGGUUGUGCUUGACUCUGGAGAAUAUCAAAAUGGCUAGAUCAUAUAGCUGGUUACACAGGUUAACCAUUAGGUGGUCUGGUUCUCGUGCUCGUAUCCGUUUGCCGUCUCUCCGCCACAGAACUGGUGUAUUUGAUGGGGUUGAGAAUGAUCAGGAAGUUGAAUUUUUGAGAAAAGCGGCGGUGGAAGAGGAGCUGGUCAGCAGUGAGGCUGGUGGCGGUGGCGGUGGCGGUGGCGGCAAUAGGGUCAUGUUGGUGGUUGAUUCAAGUGUGGAGGCUAAAUGGGCUCUUGAAUGGGCCAUAUCUCACGCUGUUCGAGUGGAAGAUACGAUUGUACUUCUUCAUGUGGGCAAGCCCAAAAAAAGCGUGUCCAACGGGAAGCAAAGUGCAAGAGUCAAGGAUUUGCUUCAAUCCAUGAAAAAUAAGUGUCAGAACAGGAACCCUGGGGUGCGAGUGGAGGUGGUGAUGGUGGAGGGGAAGGAAAAGGGUCCAGUGAUUGUAGAAGCGGCAAAGCGGCACAAGGCAUCGCUUCUGGUGCUAGGUCAAAGAACGAGCUGGAUGAUAUGGCAGCUGUUGAAGAGAUUGGCAUGGAGAGGAGGUCACGGAGGUGACUGCAGCAGCAGUGAGGUGGAUUACUGCAUCCAAAACGCUUCGUGCAUGACGAUUGCAGUGAGAAAGAUGAGCAAUGAUCUCGGAGGGUACUUGAUCACCACCAGGCAUCACAAGAACUUCUGGCUUUUGGCUUAACGGUGGAAAUAAGCUAAAUUUCUUGACAUCUUCUAAUGGAAUCAGUUUUUCUCUUGUAAUCUAAACCAAAAUAUACUUGUGCAAUCAAAAUCGAGAUCAAAUUCUGCAGUAACCAAACCAAAAUAGGCUACUCAGAGAGAGUGGAACUCGCGAUGCUUAAUUUAUUUCUGAAAUUUGCAAUGUAUAGUUGUUUCAAGAAUACAUCAGUGUGUUAAUAAUGAACUGUACAGUAAAUAUUGUAAGAACAC